UGAACAGGCCCAGCUGGAGGUGAAGCCCAGUUGGAGCAGGGGGCAGCUGAGAUGCCCAGGUCAGCGUCCAGAGCCGGCAGAUGGUCACAGGCCAUCUUCUGCUUCCCCUGGUUUACAUUUCGCUUAACCUACUCCUGACCCCACCUCAGAGGCAGCCCAGGGAGCUCUAAGGGGUCCCAGGGGCCGUUAGCUCGGGAGCCCGCCUGCUCACUCCAGGCACCGAUCCCAUGAGGGGUCACACACACAGACACCCCUUCGUCCAGGAAAUUGACUGCCCCUAAAUCCCAAGACAUUUGAGGACUUCAGGGGGACUAGGAAGGGAAAAAUGGGGAACCUGUAGGCCAGAUAUGUUUUCUUUGGCCCACCCGGUGUGUUUUUUGAAAAGUACACCAACAUUUAGCUUUCUCCUCCUCGCUGCCAAGAGGACCAAGAAAAGAAGGAAUAACGGUCAUGCCAAAAGGGGCCGCGGCCUCGUGCAGCCUAUUCACUGCACUAGCUGUGCCCGACGCGUGCCCGAGGGUGAGGCCAUUAAGAAGUCCGUCACUCGGAACAUCGUAGAGGCCGCGGCCGUCAGGGACGUUUCCGAAGCGAGGGUUUUCUACGCCUACGUGCUUCCCAAGCUGUAUGUGCAACUGCAUUACCGCGUGAGUUGUGUCCUUCACCCCAAGGGAGUCAGGAGUCGUUCUCGGGAAGCCCGGAAGGACCGAGCAUCUCCACCCCGAUUUAGAGCCGCGGGUGCUGCCCCACGACCUCCGCCAGAGCCCAUGGAAGGCGCCAAGUCCUUAAAGACUGAAGAAUACUGUCCCCUGGAAAGAAAAUAAGGUGAAAAUUAUACUUGAAAAAAAAAGUACACCAACAUUUAAAUACUGAGAGAGAUCGCCAAAAUCUGCAUCUCCAGCUUUUCUGGAAAAAUUGGAGGAUCUUGCAACCCAGGGCCCACGUGUAACAGUACAUCGGAGCUGAGCGGCAGCUGCCCCUCUUUGGUAGGAAAGGAGCCGCCUGCCCGCACCCCCCCAGGCAGCCUCAGUCCCUUCCAUACCCUGGUGUCCCCCACUGCCCCACCUCCACUGAGACCAGGUACCAGGCCCAUUUGUCAUCGUGCUGUUACUGGCCUGUUUCUUGGGUACAGAAAAAUAUGUCUCUACUAUUCUGCCCCAAAAGUGCUAGGAAGAAAAAGAGGCUGAGAGGGGCAUGGGCUUCUUGGUACAAGUGAAGAAUGUUCCUGGGUAUGGAAUAUGCAAAUCGUGUCUGACUCCCGGUUCUCUUCACCUGAGUAUCUUGCACACCUUUGGGCUGUAACCCCCUGUUAAGGUAUUUCCAAGCUCUUCCUUGAUGUCCUCCUCCCAUCCUCUGUCCACCCCCUUUGGUUUCUUGUCCCUGAAACCCCUGCAGAAACACACGUGCGUCUGUGUCCGACUCCCUAUCUUGGGGGGCUCGGCUGAUACUGCUGACUUGGUAAAGAUGGUAGCAGCUGAGCAGACCUCCUCUUGGGGCUCCUGACCGUCCUCCCAGGCUCCCAGCUGGAGGGACACAGGGGCCAGGGCUCUGAUAUGGCCAGGCUCACGGGCUUCGGUUUCUGGGUCCUGCAUCCCCUGGGCGGCCCCCCGGUGGUCCACAGCGAAUGGAGUGUGAAGCCAGCUCCCCCCACCUAAGAGAAGAUGGGACUCCAGCAGAUACAGAGAGGCGGGUGCAGAGAUAGAACAGCGAGAUUGCCAGUGAGACGUGGGAACUGCUCUCCAUGCAGCCAAAGUGAGCUGCUUAAGACAUAGACCCUCAAACAUUUCAAAGCCUUCUUUUUCCUUUUUUUUUUUUAAUGGACCUCAGGUGCACAGAAUGCAAUUACUCAUCAUCCUUGUUCCGUGACAUACUUAUCGAUCCUAGCUUUCAAGUUACCUUUGUUUAUUGUUUGAAUAAGAAUACCGGGACACUGUGACCAUGACAUGAUGGUAACUGCUGUCCACCCACACUUACCUUUUCCUUGACUUUUACAAACGGUUUUGUCCAGUGUAUACACCUGACAAGGGUAUCUGGCUGUGUGUUUUCUGGGGCUUCCUUUUUUCCACUCAACGAUGUAUUACAAAGUAUAGAUGAUAUUCCAUGUUUCCCUGGCUGUACGCAAUUGGACCACAGCGCCGUAGAAUAUUUCUCUUCCGCGAGUUAGGGGUCUUUCCUUCUGGGGUCUGCUGCGUAUGCUGCUUCCCCUGCCUGGAUCUCAUCCUCUCCGAGCCCUUCCCAGACACCCCCAUCCAAAGGAAACCCUCACAGCUGCUGUUUUAAAACCCCUCCUUGGGAACUUCCCUGGCGGUCCAGUGGUUAAGACUCAGAGCUUCCGAUGCAGGGGGCGCGGGUUCGAUCCCUGGUUGGGGAACUAAGAUCCCACGUGCCUCAGGGCGCGGCCAAAAAGUUAAAAAAAAAAUUUUUUUUUUAAGUAAAUAAAUAAAACGCUUCCUUGUUCCACAGCCCUUCCCGUAGUCAAACUAUGGUAAUGCUUUGUGUGCUUGUUUUUGCCUGGCCCCAUGUCAGCGGGGUCCUUCCCCAUCUCAGCAGAUGCUUGACCUCCGUGCUCUAGGACCCAUCCCGUGGAGAGGGUGGGACUCAGGCGCGCUUGGGUGGGCCGAGGUGUGCAAAGGAGUUCUUGGGGGCAAACCUGAGCUGCUUUUGUGGAAUUACGGGAAAUUGGGGCAGAGGAAGCCAGCCAGGAAAUCUUUUUUUAAUAAGGAUGUUUAUAGCAGCUUUAUUCAUAAUAGCCAAAAACUGGAAACAACCAAAUGUCAUCAACAAGAGAAGGGAUAAAUUAAAAUAUAUUAUAAUACAUUAUAAAUAUAUAUAAACGUACAUAUAUAUUCAGCAAUAAAAGUGGCUACAAAACGACAUAAAGUAAAACUGAUGCAUCUCAAAAACAAUACACUGAACAAAAGAGGCCAGACACAAAAUAGUUCACACCGUAUGAUUUCAUGGCUGUGAGGCCAGCAAAUAAUCUAUGGUGAUAGAAACUGGCACGGGGGUUGCCUCUGGAUGGUCUUAGGGACCCACAGGCAAGGGACAGAAGGCUUUCUGCAGUGAUGGGAAUGUUCAAUAUCUUU